AUGAAAGAGCCCCAGCUCCCCCAAACAGACGUCCUCGUCACCUCCAUCAGCUCUUCAAGGUCUACCCCAAAGCAACUGCGCUUCCUCGUGAUCGGUGCGGGUUCUCGCGGUAACGCCUAUGCUCGUGCCGUGACAAAAGUGACACAGGGCACAAUCCACGCCGUCGCCGAACCACACCCCUUCAAACGACGGGAAUUCGGCCGGAACUACAUCUGGGGAAAGGGAUCAGCAAAGGAGGGCCAGGCAUUCGCCGACUGGCGCGAAUGGAUUCAAUGGGAAACCAAACGACGAAGCACACACGGCCUCCACAACAGCACAGAGAUACCAGACUCAGGACCCGUCGGAGUCGACGGUGUAUUCAUCUGCACAUUAGACGAGACACACAUCGAGGUCAUCAAGGCCAUCGCCCCGCUCAACCUACACAUCUUAUGCGAGAAACCACUCGCUCUCUCGCUUGAUGACUGUCUCACUGUCUACCGCACCCUCCAACCACCCAAAGGUGCCGAGCAACGUCCACGACCCCCGUCGAAGAUCUUCUCCAUCGGCCACGUCCUGCGCUACAGCCCACACAACAUCCUCCUUCGCAAACUUCUCCUCUCAGACCAAGUCAUCGGCGACAUUGUGUCCUUGGAACACACCGAGCCCGUCGGCUGGUGGCACUUCUCUCACAGCUAUGUGCGUGGGAACUGGCGCCGCGCAACACCCACAGGCGACGGCUCCCUCUUAACCAAAUCAUGCCACGACAUCGACUUCAUUCUCUGGCUCCUCUGCUCGCCGCCUUCGCUUGAAAAUGCCAUGUCAAAGGGCCAUGAACCGCACUUUCCACGCAGUAUCUCGUCGGUGGGAUAUAUGACGCAAUUCAAACGAUCGAGGAAACCAGUCACGGCUGGCGAUGCUACGAUUUGUCUCUCUUGUCCCGCGGAACGAGAGUGUAACUAUAGUGCCUUGCGGAUCUAUAACGAUCGACAUCUGGCCAAGGGGAUUACGGGAUGGCCGGUUGAUAUUGUCUGUCCUGACAUCGAGGACGUGGUCCAGACGCAGGGUACUGCGGCGGCGAAGGAACAUUUACUUGAGAAGCUACGCGAGGACUAUGAGGUUGGGAAGAAUUCAGAUUUGGAUAUUGCUUCGCGCCCUUGGUAUGGUCGGUGUGUUUACGAGGCGGAUAAUAAUGUCUGUGAUGACCAGGUCGUCACCUUUGCCUGGGAUGAUGAAGAGACCGAACCGCGUCGGUUGGCGAAGACAGCUACGUUCCAUAUGAUCGCGCCAACGGAGAAACAGUGUGAGCGGCGGGGUCGUGUGUAUGGGACAAAAGGAGAGAUUGAAUACGACAGUCGGACCAUCUCGAUCUACGAUUUCGCUACGGCGAAGACGCAAGUUAUUGAUGUGCCACCUCCGCCUCCCGAUCAGAAGGAGUCUCAUGGUGGUGGUGACUAUGGCUUGGCGCGACAGUAUGUCAAUGCUGUUGAUGCGGUGGUGAAUGGGGGUUUGGAUGUGGAGACGGCGCAGGCACGAUUUGUUGGAUGCAAUUUGGAAGAAGCAGUUCGCAGCCAUGCGGUUGUCUUUGCCGCUGAAGAGGCGAGGCGCGAUGAGAGGGUUGUCAAGUGGAGGGAGUGGUGGGAUGAGAAGCUGAAGACGUCGGCUGCUGUUUGGGCUACGUGA